AUGAUGUACAAUUAUUUGUACAGCCAGCGCAAGAAGCGGGUCGCCGUGUACCACGGGAGACCCCAGGAGGCUAGAAGAUGUGCGGAUUCAUCGCUGUGGGUUUCCUGGGCGGACUUCAUCUGGGGGAUUAUGACACUCGUGUUGGUCGCGGUCGAUGCCGUGUUCCUUCCCCUCUCGCUCUCCUGGCCCAGCCUCAUCCAAAGUGGCACUACCCUGGACCUCUACUAUCAGGUCACUCCUGGACUCUGGAUCUCUGACAUCGUCGUCGCUUUCCUCAUUGCGCUGCAUCCUGCAGCCCAGACCGUUCGGUGGCAGGGACUCCGGUCCUAUUUAUGCCGGCGCUUUCCUUUCGACGUUACUUUGGUUCUGGUGGACCUCACACUGCUGGCGCAGCUGAUCCCAGAGGACUUCAAGGUCCUCACGCUCCUGCGCCUCCUCCGGGCUGCGAAGUUCAAGGCAGUCAUGGGAGCGUUCGAGAACCGCCUGGCAAAACGGGGCAACAUCACCUUCGUGUACUGGUCCACCAUCAUCCAGUCUAUUGCAUCCGUGCUGGUCGUCAACCAUACGCUGGCUUGUGCGAUCUUUUACAUAGGGAGACUGGGUCAGCAGUCGGAGAUGCCGAACUGGUUGGACACCUAUGGCAUCCUGGACUACUCCGAUCCUUUUCAGUACAUGAUGUCCUUCAACUGGGUGAUUGCGCAGUACACCCCUGCACCGUUCCCCUACAGGGCGCAGACGGAGAUCGAGGAGGUCCUGAUCCUGGGAAUGAUCCUCAUCUGCCUCCCCUUGCUGGGAGCCCAGAUCGGAAAGAUCACGGGCACCUUGAACCUGAUGAACGAGAAGGCCAAGGAGCGUGACCAUGUGAAGCGCGACUUGCAGCGUUGGCUGCACAAGACCAAAGUGCCUGAAGAACUCAAGGAGCGCAUGUCCAGCUCCCUAGACGACGUGCUGAACUCCGCCCAGUCUCCGCUGGAGGUGAAGGAUCCGAUGGCCCUGAAAUUCCUUCCAAGCACUUUGCUGGAAGAGCUCCGGGUCGUGAAGACCGGCGAAACGCUCUCGCUUCACCCUCUCUUCCAGAUGAUCAUGGAUGAUCGGCUGCAGCUUGCCGGGUCCCUCGUGUCGGCAUUCAGAGUCCUGGCCACUGUGGCUGGUGAGCGGGUCUUCACCGUCGGCAGCCGGGCAGAAGGCCUCCAUGUGACGAUCUCGGGAAGGUUCUCGGUGUUGUGUCAGGAGGAGGCGUGCAUUGUGGAGGCCGAAAGGGGGGUUCCAUCCAAGUCCCUGUCCCCGGAGUCUCACAGCCUCGAUCUGGCACCGGACACCUGGGUGGGAGAACUUUGCCUCUACACAGAGGUAAACCACUCGGCCACCUUGACGUCGCUGGCCUAUGCCAAGUGCCUUCGAGUGUCUCCCAUGGAUUUCCUCAAGGCUGUGAGGGAAUCGCCGGCGGCCAUCGUCGCCAUCCACGAGUAUGCCGUGGAGUUGCUCAAACUGGCCGGGAAGCCGUGGGAACUGCUGCCGCACUCUCAAGUGGAUGACUGUGUCAACCACACACAACUCGGCGAGCUGCUGAACCCUGGAACUGGCCGCAUCCACAAUCUGAAGAACAGCGAGGCUGUGGACCUCACGGACCUUGCAUCCCGUCUCCUCUUGCGGCCAUGGGCACCCGAGGACCUCUGCGAGGAGAUCAAGGACAAGGUCGUUGAGCUCAGGGACAACGGCCUUUAUGCACAUCUCCAGCACCAUGACGAGGCGAAGCGCGCAGUCCUCUCCGUGCUCAGCAUGCUUUGGUUGCUGAAGGGGGACUACGAGCAAAUGGUCUCUUGCCAGAAGCUGCCUACGCGCCUGAGCAGAAGCACAUGGACGGCUAUUCAGGAACUGCUGUGCUGGGAGAUGACACCCUCACAGCUCACGGCCCUCUUAGUGCUCUUGGCCAUUCGUGGAUUGAGCAAAAGCGCUGACUUCACAAAGCUUUGCCCGCCCAGCGAGCGCCGCAGCCCCGAGUCCGUUUUGGAGUAUGCUGUCAGCAACUUGAAAUCCUACAUCCCCUCACUUGCGGGGCUGCCUGCGGAAAGUGCUGACUAUGUGGUUUCGACAGUCCGGAUGCUGGGGCAAUUCAGCUUUCCACAGUUCCUGCAGGGCGAGAACAACUCCCAUUCCGUUUGGAUGCUCCAGUCCUGCUUGAAACAAGAGGAAGAGGUUGUCUUCAAGAUGUUCUUGCUCGCGCAGGUCUGUGUGCUCUGUGGAGUCACCGGGGCGAAAUCCAUCCAGGGCUCUCAUUUCCUCAAUGAGUUGAACGGAUGCUCCGUACUUAAAGCCCUCAGCUGCUUGCAAAACAUUGCAGAUGCUCGACCACAGGCUGUUUACUGGAGAUAUAUCGCUGCUCGUGCAUGGUCCUUGCAGUUGGAAGUGCAGCAGGCCGGCGACCUUGUUCUGGCGAGGUUGGCCUGCCUGACACGCACCGUGGAUCCACAGCGACUGAGGGAGCUCAAAGAGGAGUGGGCGCAGCUCACGGAUUCAGAGCGGGAUGCGCUUCACGAGAUCUUCCUCCUAGACGGUCAUUUGCAGAAGGCGUUCAUCUUCCAGUACUUGCCGCUGUUUCUGACCAAUGCGAUGGAGAACACUGACUUGGGAUUGCGCUGCGGUCUCCAGUUUCUCGUGGAGCUUUAUGGUAAACUCCUGGACCAUCGGUGCCUCAGCCAUGCCGGUCCGACGGUGAGGGUCGACAUCCACUCCCUUGCGUCGAUCGUCGCGGAGGUGGAUAGCCUUCGAACUCUCCGAGCCCUGCCUGCACCAGACUUCACCCGCAAGCUCCGCCCAAAACCAGCCCCCUUCCUUGAGGCCGGUGCCUGGAGUUCGUCCGCAUUGUGA